AUGAAAUCAACUUUUACAAGGUCUGCUCAGAGAAAUCUUGAAGAGCAACCAGUUAGUUCUUAAUUCAAAGCAUCUUCUCAGUUGCAUGCUGCUCUACUUAGUGAGUACAAGCGACCAGAAAAUUCAUCUAUGCCUAAAGUGUCACUCAUAUCCACAGGAAAAGAUGCUGUCAGAUAAGCUAGACUUGAAAAAGAAGUUUAAAAAUUUGAAUAUACUUUAUAAUCUGAAGUUGCUUCAUUACCUAAACAUCCUGCACCUGUAUAUAGAGAACAAACUAAAGUAAGUUAUCAAAUUUAAUAUAAAGUUACUUAUUGAAAGACAAAAGGAUACAAGAAGAGAAAAACAUCUAAAGUUUUGUGAUGAAUUUGAGAAAUGGGUUAACCGUCUUAAUAAAAAUUUAGAAGAAGCCUAUAAAGACAUUAAAAGAGAUAUUACAGAUUUCUUUUCUGAAUCAGAUUAAUAAAUAACUAAUUAUUAUCAAACACUUACUGAUGAAGCCUUACUUAAAAGAGAAAUAGAAUUUGUAGAAAGUAUCCAUUCAACUGUCAAUGCACAUAGAGAAAAAAGAGAAACCAAAGUUAACACACUUGAUAAAAGACUAGAAGAUUUAGAAAAAGAGAGAUUUAGAUCCUUAGAACUAUUCUGUAAUAGAUUUUAAGAAGGUCUAAUUGAUGUGGCAUUCUAAUUAGAACCUGAAAUAACUGCGCAUGUGAAUGUAUGAGCUCUUAUUAUACAUUCAGACUUUCAGAGAAGAGUUUCGAAAGGUUGUGGCAGAGAAGAGAGCAGACAAUUAAGUCUAUGUUCAAGAGGUCAAUAGAUAGCAUCAAGAGACAUUUAAAUAGUAUGACGAGACACAAAUUUAGAAAGAAUAACGAUGGAGAGAUUUAAAACAUUAACAUUACAUUGAAGAAUUUAAUGUUGAUAUUUAGAAAUUAGAAUAUGUAUAUCCUGAUGAAAGAACAUAAUUAUAUGAUAAAUUUAGGAAAACAUAAAAGGAUAUAUUUAGAGAAAGAAAACAAUUAUUAGAGAAACUUAAUUCAUAUGAUUUAGCUGCAUUAACAAAAACAAUAGUUGAAAAGUGGAUAGAUGAAACUAAAUCAUAUAAUGAAUUAGCAUCAUAAACAAUUGAUGUUUGUUGUAAUAAUUUAUUAGAGGAAACUAAAAAAACAUAUAAUUAUUGUAUGUAAAGAUAUGAAUUAAUCAAAUCAUAAUUAUUUUAUGCAAGAGCAAAGUCAGAAGAAGAAUUAAAUUAAUUAUUAGAUGAAUAAUACUUACCAUAAGUAAAUGGUCUAAAUCAAACUGCUAGAGAUUUAAUGAAAUAGGCAAUUGAUUAUUAUGAGAGAAUUGAUCAAUAAUAAACUGAUAUAAUAACUAAUUUUGGAUAAUUCUUUAUGAAAAUAGCAUCAAAGAAUGAUGAAUACAAAACUGAAAUGCAAUUAUUAAUGCAUAAUUAUGAAAUUCAGAAAGCAUAAGCAGCAGAUAAAAAUGAUGAAGUCUUAGAAGAACUUACCAAAAAGUUAAAAGAAGACAAACAAUAAUUAUCAUAAGCAUUACAUCAUCCCCGUUUAGAAGAAUGUUUAGCUUUAUGUUAUAAAGAUUUGGAUUUAUUUGGAGAAGAAUAUGAAAGAUUUCAUUAGGAUAAUAUGGCUAUUGCUAAUCAACAUCCUAAUAUUAUAAGAAAUAAACAUUAGAUUUUUGAAAAGUCAGUGCUAAACAUUUUUGAACUAGUAGAUCCAUAAAAGGAAUAAUUCUUAUAGGAAAAAUAUAGAAGGAUAGCUGAAACAAAAAUAAAAUAUGUAAUUGCUAAAGAAGAAUACAAUAAGAAAAUAGAAGAAGAAAAGUUAAUUGAAGAAGCCAAAAAUAAAAAAGGAGGUAAACCCCCUGCUACAAAAGCUAAAGAUCCAAAAAAGUAUCAAUAAGAUAAUAUUGUAGAUUUUAAUAAGAAUUAGAGGAUAGAAUGAAAUAAUUAUUAAAGGAAUUACCACCUUAAGAAGUAAUUAAAUAUAACAGUUCACUUGAUUAAUAAUUUGUUUAGUUUAGAUCUACUAUUUAAAUUGCAGAACGUAUGUAUAUUCCUCCAGAUGAAAUGGAAUAAGUAGUAGCUAAAGAAAAAGUAGAAGCUGAUGAAAUUGAAUCUUAUUUGUAAUAAUAAAAUGCACCAAAAGAUCCUAAAGCAAAACCUGCAGCUCCACCUCCUAUUGAAUUACCUAAUUAUAUUCCAGAGGAGGAUGUUCCAAAGAAAUCUGUAGAUUUUGCUGAACAACCACCUAUAAAUGUAUUAAAUUAAGCAGUUUUGGAGAAGGAUGCAGUAAUAACGGUUGAAUAUUUGUCAUCAUUAUUGAAUCAAACAUAAUAAAAAUUGUUUAAUUACAUAACAAGUUGUCUCAACUUCUAAAAUGAAAAAGCUAAUGAAAGUGAUAAUGAAUUUAUAAAGUAAUCUGAAAAUUAGAGAAAUGAAAAGUAGUCUUAAAUUGAACCAUAAAAACAAGAAAUCAAAAAUACUAUAUAUGUAUUAAGAAGCCAAUAAAUUACAAUGCAUAAAAAAAGGUAAAAUAAAAUAUUAAUUAAUUAGAUAUGAACGAUAUGCAAAGUAAUUAGUAGAAAGGAUUGAUGAUCAAACAGAAUAGAUUAAUUUUUUAUUGGAAGGUGGAUUAUUGGAUAUGAAAGAUUAUAUUUAAGAGUAGUAAACACUAAAAAAUAAUUUAUAAUAAGCAACAACUUUAGCCAAAUUAUAAGGAAUUCAAAAUACUGUUAAAGAGAACUAUUUUAAAUUUGGAGAAAGUAAUAUUUUUAAUUUAUAAUAGAAAUUAAUGAUUUAGAAUAAAAAUUAAGUUAUUUGGCAAAUUAAGAAUUGGAUGUAUUAUUACAAAAAAAUAAAGAUUUUAUGAGAGAUUGCAAACCAAAUGAAUAUUUUAAAGAAGAAUUAGAAUGGUAUCAAUAAAUGAUGGAUGAACAUAAUGCUACAAUUAUUAAACAUAAAGAGAAAAGAACAUAAAGAUUAGAAGAAAUUAAAAAAGUAUUGACAGCUAAAAAAUAAGAAUAAUUGGAUAAAUUUGAAUAAGAAUAUAUAAUAGCAGUUGAAGAUUUAGCAGCUAAAGAUGGUACUGGAAAGAAAUAUGGAAGACCUAAAAGAAUAGCUUAAGAAAAAUUAAGAACAGAAAUGACUAAAUGUGAAAAAGCAUAAGAAUGUAUCAAUUUGAAAAUACAAGAAUUGAAAGAUCAUUAUGAUUUAUUCAAAAAUAAAUAAGGUGAUUAUUUUGCUAAUCUUGAACCAUCAUUUUCUAUAAAAAUUAGAAAAAUAUUGAGUGGAACCUUAAUUUGUAUCAAAAGAUAUGCAAAUCAUAUUGAAGCACUUAAACCAGAUAAUAAAGUUGUAGAUAUGCCAAGGACUACUUGGAAGGAAAAUAAAUUUGAUACUAUUUUAGAAGUUGAAGAAUAAUAAGAAGAUAAAAAAAUAAUUGAAAAUGAUUUAGAAAGUAUGGGACCAUUAUUUUAUGCUGAAAAGAAAUUAUAAGAAAGUUUAUUAGAUAUUGAAAAGAUAAUUAAAGAAGAAGCAAUUAAAAUUUAUGCAGAUAAAUAAAAAUUCUUAACUGGAACUGAUAAAAUUCCAGAUUAUCUUAGAGCAUAUAUUGAGAAUAUGUAAAGGAAUAUGAAUGAAUUUAGAAUAUAAUCAAUUAGAGAACUUAGGAAUGCUUGUGAAGAAUUAUCAGAAAUGUCACCAAAAAUUAGUGAGAUGAUAUUAUUAUCAAAUCAUUAAAGAUGGAUAUUCACAUUAUCAUUAAUAAAUACUAAUUUAUGGAAUGAAUUAUAAAAGGAAUAAAAUAAAUAAGAGAAUCUUAAAAAAUUACAUUAAAAAUUAUUAAGACCUAAUUUAGGAAAUCCAUAAUUAAAAGAAGAAUUAGAAGAUUUAAAAUAAAAAGAAUCAAAAAGAUUAUCUGAUUUUUUGGGAUUAUUAUCAAAAUAUUAAGUAACUCUUUUUGAUGAAAAUUUCAAUUAAGGAGACAAAUAUUUGAAAGCUGCAAAUUAAAAUUUUGAAUUUUUAUUACUUUUUUAUGAUUCACUCUUAUUAUUUGAAGAUUUUAUUAAAUUACCUGGAGAUGAAUAAAUAUAAAAAAAACAUUAAAAUUUGAAAGUCUCUUUGAGAUAAAAGUAGAGUGGUUAAAUAAUAGAUACAAAUUCAGAAAGAUCUCUAAGUAAAACUUGGGAAGGUGUU